UCCGAGUGCAAUGAACAACUCAACCGUCAACAAAUAAAAAAGCAGUCAAAAGUCAAAAGUAGCACUGAAUUCCAAUAUAAAUUUUUUUGUGAUUUUGUUUUGUUAAUUGCAUAAUUGUAUUGAAAUGAUAACACUUGCGUUAAUCAACAAAAAUAACUAAGUACUAAAAUAUUGAUGGAGCUGUCACUUUCGUCUGAAGCUCAAGAAACCAUCGAAAAAAUCAGAAAAAUAACUGGAGGUGUGGGCACAAGGACUGCUGAUUUAGAAAACUUAUGUUCUUCCUAUGGUGCAGAUAAAAUAGUAAUGGAUUUGCAAGAAAUUAUCAAUAUUGACGACAUAUACUUUCCAAAUGAUGAAACAUGGUUAUAUGAAUGUUCGGUAAAGAAUGAGGAUGUUAAAGAUCUGCACAAGUGGUUGUAUGAUUAUUCUAAUGUAAUUAGAUUUGAUCCAAAAACAUUGUCAGCAGCUAUAGAAUCAAAAUGCCAAAGUAUUAAAAAUAAUAUAGAUUCGAGGACAUUUACAAGACCAAAGAAAAGAUUUAUGCGUCCUCGAUUAGAAGAUUACCAAAAUAGUUUAUACAGUUCAGAAGAAAUAUGUAAUCUUCAAAAACAUGAUGAAUCUGUAAAUAGUAAUUCUAGCUUUGCAACUAACAUUUCUGAAGAAAUUGAUGUUGUUUUGGAAGAAGAUAUUGUGCCUAAAUUAAAUAAUAAAACGAUUCAAAUUGAUGCCAACAUCCCUAAUAUUGUAACAAUGAAAUUGGCAUCAGAAAACAAUAAGACAGUGCCAUGUGAGCCACUUAAUUUUGAUUUAAGUGAGCCUAUCAAAAGCAAUAUUUUUGAUAAAGUGUUCAUGUCAAGUCAGUGUGCUGAUUCUUUUCAAAACAUGUCACCUCCUAGCUUAGUAAAUUCCUUAUGUUCAUCAACAUUUACUAACUGUUCAUCCACCUUCACGAAUCUAAUGGAGAACAGUUAUAUCAAAAACGACCCUAUAUUAAGAGAAAUACGUGAUAGUGACUAUUCUUCUGAAGUACUUCUGCAGGAUUGUGAAUCUCCAAUGUUCCACUCUAUUACAGGAAGUUGUAGUAGUUUGUUCUCUGACACACCCGAAAGUUUUAUUCAAAGAAAUUUGGAGACAACAUUCAAUGUCACCCAAAAAAAGAACAAAAGCCUCAACAAUACGUAUGUAGCGCAAGUAGAUGAUGAUCCGUUAAACAACACUUACUGUAAGGAUGAUGUAAAUGAUAGAACGCUGUGUGGUGAUUCCAAUAACAGAACUCUAAUUUAUGACAAUGACACUGACAAAAUAAAGCUACUUAAUCGGAAAACAAUACAAAAAGAUUACUCAAUGAAUAUGACAAAAGAUGAAGCAAGUUUGCUCUCUGCCCAUACAACCUAUGAAACUGUCGCUUCAAGAAACUCUUUUAACUCUGGCACAUACGUCCGCAACAAAGCAUCCUCAGAAAACACCACAUUCGACACCAACACGUACCGAAAACCUACUCUUCAACAAAGCAACACGUUUCGAAAAAAUUCCAGUCCACGUUUUGGUACCACUUUCCAGAAAUCUUCGUCUCCCGCACACAACCAUGCAAACGACGAUGCUAACAACGACAACGACGAUGACAUUAACACAACGAUGGUCGUACAACCAAUCAACGACACCGUUAUUAUGACGAAAGAUAAUGAAAACGCGAAAAUCCGACGGUUCAGUUACGUAUUGGAUGACAACCAACGCAACUUUUUCCCUGCCUCCGACAAUUUAGGAGAGACUAUUAAUAUAAAACGUGACUCUGUAGGUCCUUUCGGAGGAUCGGAAGACAGUCUCGAUCAGAUGAGUAGUCUCUCAAGCAGCAGCAAGGGGUCUAACAAAAUGCUCAAUAUGGCCGACGUCGAUGCUAUCGUACAGCAACAAGAAAGAAGUUUGCAAGACAUAUCGACACCAAAGCCUAAUACCCGUCAUAUAAAGGAGCUGUGGGACGGUGAUGGCAUAUCCCCAAUUACAUCCUUGACGCAGCAGCGCAAUCAGACCGCGUCCGAUUCCGAAAUAGAACGGGAAGACAUCGGUUCGGGUAAAUCUUCAACUGUUAAACUAACCUCGGUCGGAUCGGAUACAAGUUUGUUAUCUGCGCGCAAUCGACAACGUAAUUUCGUAAAAAACACUAGUCAGCAAAGCCCAAAAAGAACGUCAGGGCGGGGCGACGAUUUUGCAGUCACACCACGCCCAAAAUUUCCAUCUAGCAACAAAAACGUCAACGAAGGAAACGGACGAGAAUUGCGAGAUUCUUAUACGAAUUUGACGGGAUCACAAACCAACCUAAACGGUGUACCGAGACAGUUGAAGGGCUCAUAUACGAAUUUGAACCCUGUAUGCGCAAGUCUGUUAGCUGCUGCCGCCAGAUCAAAAGGUACAGCUUUGGUACCGGACAUGAAUCAGAUGGAUGUAACGAGGACGAUGGAAGAACACGCAGGCAAGACAACGCACAGAUUUGAUGAUCUGCCGGCGUCCAAAGAAAAUCAGCAGGUAAAAAUUUUAGUUAACCAACCCAGCUCAAAAAGUAACCAAGUUAGACCUAGUGGUUUACCUAGACCUGUAAGCAUGUGUGGUACAGGAAUACCUAGACCUGUUUCGAGAAUUCCCGCCCCUAGAUCUAAUGUUAGACCCUUAUCAUCAAGGUCAGUUGCCAGAUAAGACUUUUCAAAGUAUAAUCGUCAUGGUGAUAUAAAUUUUUUUUUACUAAUUGCAUACUAAUGUUAUGGUGCCUUAAUAUCUUCCUUAUUAACCGAUCGCCUAAAUGAGUAGCAAGUACUGUAGCGUAUAGUAGUAAUUUUAUAUAACGAUGCAUUUUACGGCAUAAAAAAUAGCAAUCGAU